AUAAUCCUCUGACCUAGACCUAGAUUUCAUCAAUUCAUCCUUAAGAAUGAAUGAUGGAAAUAAGUGUUAAAUAAAGAAAAAAGGAAGAAAUGAACGUGACAGAGACAUGUUUUUGUGUCAAUGUCAAGCCCUUUGCCGCUAAAAUGGUAAAACCUAAAACGAAAUCUCUCAAGAAAAAGAAAACACUGAAAAAUCAGUAAUUUCGGUUUCGUAUUCGAUAUUGGUAGUUUUCAAUUUUGAUUUUUCGAAAAUGGAUAGAGAAAAGCUGUUGAACUUUUGUAAUUAUAUUAUUAAACUGAAGGAGAAACUCCAAUGUACUAUAUGUCUUGACAUUAUAAAUGAUAUUGCUGAACUAGACUGUGGACAUAAAUUUUGUUCAGGAUGUUUUGAAGAAUACAAAUCCAAUCACAAGGUUAUCACCUGUCCAUGCUGUAAAUCUGUUAUCAAAAGAAGAUCAAUUCUAUACAGGGACCAGUAUUUGAACAAACUUGGGGCAUUUGUUUCAAGUGUGUGUAAUAUUUUGAGAGAAACAUAUCAUUGUGAAGUUGAGGAAAUAAUCCACCAACAAUCUGCCAAGAAUACAGUUUCUAAAAGCAAAACAAGAAAAUCAAAAGAUUUAUUUAUACAAAAAUGUGAGAAACCAUCUACAGCUAAAACAUACAAGAGAGAUGAGACAUGUAGUUCAAAACCAUGUUCACAAGAAGAUGCUUUUGACUUGCUCAUGAGAAAAACAGAACCAAAAGCAAAUAAAAUUGAUAAGCUGAUGGUAAACAAAAAUGGAACAAGGCAUAUGUAUAAGAAAAAAAGAGAAAAAGAGCCUGAAUCAAAAUAUAGAAUAUUAGAUUUUGAUGAUGAUGCAAACAGAGCAGCAGUGUUACAAUGGCUAACUGAUACCAGAAACAAAUUUGAUAGAUUAACUCAGACACAGAACUUUGAAGAUCCUGAUGAAAGUAUCCAAUUCUUUGACCUGACUUCAGUAUCUCAAGUUAAGCAGAGUUAUUGUAUUCCUGAACCAUUGAUGAAGGUAAAGCAAAGAAACCGUGCCAAGUCAUUAGAUAUUGAAGUUAAGAAGGUUCCUGAAGUUAAGAAAAGAUACUCUGAUGGUAGUGUUAUUGAUUUGACAGAAAACUACAACAUUGAGGAAAUAAACACUGAGGAAGAGAAAGUUGUGAAAAAAGUUGAACAAAAUGUGCUAAUGCAUUUUAUUGAAGACCAAUACUUGGAUAAAUUAGAAAAUGAGCUAAUGAAAGAAACAAACAAAAAAUUGAAAUCUAAAAGUUCUCCAAAGGAGGAGUGUAGUUCUUCUGGAUGGGACAGAAUUGGAAAAAUUGCAAAAACAAUAAGGAAAAAGGAUAAGAUCCCAAAAAAAUUGAAUAUCACUAUACAUUCAUCACAAACUUCAAAUAAAAGCAAAGAGAAUAGCAGCAAUAUGAAUGAAACCAAAUCUGUAAGUAAAGAAACAAAACGUUUACUGAAAGUUCAGAUUGUGAGAAUGAAGGAUACUCAAUCAAGAGUAAAAUUAGCAAAACAAAGUGAAAAAAAAUCAAAAAAUUUGUUGCAGCCAAGGUUACAGCCUCUUGGUCUUCAGAGUACCAGAAAUGAAGAAAUUUCUCAAAAAACAAUUCAUGAAAAUCCAUCAGAAAUAAUUUCUAUAGCUGAGGAGCCUAAUACAGUAGAAAAGGUGCAGAAUAACUCUGAAGAAGCUACAAAAACAUAUGAUCUUCAUGAUGUUGAACAAUAUAUAACAAAGAACAUGUUCUUGAUAGAAAAAGACAAAUCAUCAGAUAAUACCUUGGGGUCCAAUGAAAAUGGUGAAGUAAUAUACCCAGACAAGAAAAAGGAUGAAACACAAGUAAAUACUGAAGCAGUAAAAGACAAAAUAAAGAUUCUUGAAGUUGUGGUAUUGAGAGUAGAUCAAGGAGUAGAUCCCAGUAUUGAAAUGAAUAUGAAUACAACUGAAGAUCCUUUUAUAUUGCCAACUCAAAAAUGGAACACUUCUGAUGAAGUUACUUCAUUUUCAAAAAAGAAAAAUCAUGUUCUGGAAAACUCUGCAAAUGAUACAGCAUCAAAAACUAUUGAUGGUUUCCUGUUGCCAACUCAAAAAUGGAAUACAUUGGAUGAUGAGCUAAAGUGUGGAGAAAAUGCUAACAAAAAAGCUGAUGCAGACAAUCCAUUUUUCAUGCUCACCCAAGAAAAUCCACUAAAAGAUGAAAUAAUGCAUCUGAAAAAAGAUGAUUUUAAUAUGGACACCAAUAUAAUAGAGGAUGAACAUUUGAGCAAUGUUGGUGAUUUAAUAGAAGCCUUACAGAAUGACCUAGUGAAAUGUUUUGAGAAGAUAGAUAUCAAUCAGACAGGGCUAUCUGAACUGUUGGACAAUAUGAAGAAAUAUCUGAGUCAUCUGAAAAUUUUAACAAAAAAUUCAUCUCAUGUGAAGGAAUGUGUAGAUAAUUCUACACAAACUGUUUUGGAAAUGCACAAUAAACAAUUUCAAACAUUUCUGGAAUGUUCUAACAAGGAAACUCAAACUGAACUAAAAAUCUCACCAAAGGCAAUAGAAAUGUGUAAUGCAGAAGUACAAACUUACCAAGAUUAUUAUGAAGUAUCAAGAAGGAGAAAUGAUAACAUAUCAGGAAUUAUAACUCAGAACACUAAAAAUGCUUUGGAGAGUAUUAUAAGCGAUCCUGAAAUUCUUGAAGUAUCUAAUUCUAAAGAGACAAUUUUCAAAAAUGUACUGGAAGAAAAUAUUCUUAUAGAUCCUGAACUUCCUGACAAAUCUACUUCUGAAAAACAAAACAAUCAGGAAGAAAAUAGGAAAAAUGAUGAUUUCCCAGAAAUUAUGAGUCAGAACACCAAAAAUGCUCUGGAAAGUAUUAUUAUAGAUCCUGAAAUCCUUGAAGAACCUGCUACAAAAGAGCCAGUUUCUGAAAAUGUACUGGAACAUCUUCUAGUGGAUCAUGAAAUUCCUGAAGAAUCUACUUCUAAACAACAAGAUGAAGAACUAGGAAAAAGUAUUGAUCCAUCAGAAGUUAUGACUCAGAAGACCAAGAAUGCUUUUGAAAGUCUUACCAGCAGAGAUUCUGCAUCAGAGAAACCAGUUCUCAAAAAAAAUCAAGCGGGAAUGACUCAAAACCAAAUAUUCACCUGUUCCUUUGACAACCUGAAUUUUGAAACACAGGAACUUCAGAAAAAAAAUGUACAAAAAAUUGUCUCUCAGAAUAGAAUACAAUCUCAAAAUAAGACAGUACCACUAGUGGAGGAUGAGAAAGAUACUUCUCAAAGUAGACCAGUCUCUGUUUUAGAAUGUACUUUGAAUUCAAAUUCUUCCAGCAGAGUUAAUAGGAAAUUAAUCUAUACUGAUGGGAAUCACAGUAAAUCCAAGAGGCCUCUAUCAGACAGUGAUUCUGAGGAGAUCAUAUUACCAAAAAAGCGCUGCAAUAGGUUUAUUAGAGAUGAUUUGUCUAUUGAAUUUGAUGUGAAUACUGAGAAUGUUGAGUCACAGAGAAGCAAAAACUCCAAUAUUUUGUCUGAUGCUGCUGAUGAUGUUGAUUAUGAAGGCUAUCUAGAUAAAUUCAUGAAGAAAUAUGAUAGUGAUGGUAUCAUCACUACCCCCAAAAAAGUAAAUGAAACAUCUACAUCACAUAAGCCAAAAGAAAAUAAAACAGAUAAUGUAUCUGUUGACGAGAUGGAUUGUGAUGCCAUUGUUGCCAAAGUCAAUGAAAACGUACAAAGUCUCUUGAAAUUUAAUGAUACCACAAAGUCUUCCUAUCGUACUGCAUCACAAAAUUCAAAAAAAAGUUCGUCGAAUCCACUGGAGCAAUUUGACAAACAAAUAUUGAAAGAGAAGUCACAAAAUUCAAAUAAACAUCUUGAGGAACUGGAUGCACCAUUAUGCUCGGAAAUGUUGAAGUAUUUUGGAGAAAACGAUUUGAAAGAUUCAGAAAUGUCUGACAUCAUUGGAGAAACUGAAUCUGAGCGUAUGGAACCAGUGCCUAAACGAGCGAAAAAUGGAAAUUUGAACUUGGCAUUCAAUAUUGGAGAAGUUACUGAUUUGAUUUCUUGUACUCCAAAAAGAAAAGAAAAUAAAAAGAAAUCAACUCCUUGUGGUGAUAUUUGUUAUGACUUGGAUGACAGUCUAGAUAAUGCAGAAUUUGUAAAUAUCAAAAUCGAUUCAGAAGAGAAACCAGUGAAGGAAGAGAAGAAUAAUGAAGAUGACUUAUUUUCAGAUGAUGACAUUGUGGAAACUACUCCUCAGAAAGAGAAGUGUUCAACGGAAAAAAGGCCAAAUCAUACCCCGGAAUAUUUUUCCGAAGACUUUGACUUUGAUUUCGACGCUUUACCUCCACCGAUCGGUUUCCAAGAUGAACCAGCCCAAAAGGAGAAGGAAAACUCAAUAUCAGACGGCCAAAUAACUGUCAUAGAUGUCGACACUACAAUAAAAGAACUCAAACAGUCCUUGACGCCGGACGGACUAUCUCAAUUCCGUACAAAAUGUGACGAAAAGGAUUUGGACAGGUCCAAAGUGACGGUUGAUCUUUUCAACAACAAAAAACCGAUUCCUACGAGUACUCCAUUAUCUCAAAGACUAGAAACUCGACAAACCCUGGGCUUUUCACCUAUAACAGGGGAUAAGAGCCUUAUCGAACAAGCCCAGUCUUCGAAAAACGCUCUUUCAAGUAUUUCCAUAUCGUCGACCCCCCGUAAAUCCACCAUAAUGACCAGCACCCCCAGGCAAAAGAGCAUAUGGAACUACGUGCGUUCGCAGCAGUCAUCGGAGAAAGAGGUUGCGAGGCCCAAGCCUUGCAUAGCAUGUACGAGGCUGAGCAAGGAACAGAUCCAGUCCAUUUCGUUGCUGACCAAUAAGAAGCUGGCUACGUACAGCAGCGUGUUCGAUAAGACCGUCUCGCACAUGAUCGUCUCGGUCGACGACAAGAAUCGCCUGAAGGAUUACACGCUGAAGUUCGUCGCUGCUGUGGCCGCCGGCAUUUGGGUGCUCAGGUUCGAAUGGGAACCCUUUGAGGUUUUGGAUGAUAUUGGUAUGCCUGGCCCACAAGCAUCAAGGUUAUCCGGAAAGGAAUGCCUUCUAUUCAGAGGAUUCAAAUUUUUUUGCGCUGGCCCAUUUCAUUCUGCAAGUCAAGAGGAUAUAGAGGAGGUGAUCAAAAUGCAAGGCGGUAAACUGGUAUCUAGUUUAGAUAAGUUAACGGAAAGAGAUGGUAGGAUUAGUCUUAUAAUCACUGAAGCGAAAGCCACCCAAGAUUUUCAAGUGUACGAGAAUUGGUUGGAGUUGUAUAGAACUGUUACAGUCGAUAUGGAAUGGCUAAGCCGAUCUGUGGGAAGGUAUAAAAUACUCAACAUUCGUAAGUAUGUCUGGUGUUCAGACGAUAACUUGGAAGAUUAUGGUUAUCCAGCCCAUUUGGUCGAAUCUUUAGAUUCAUCUUCCGAGCAAUACUCUACUAUGAGUGAUAAAUAUUAAAAUUGUGAUCAAUAAUCUCAAGAUUUUAUUUUGUGUUACAUGUUCAUGUUUAUAUCAAAGUUAUUGUUCUAGACCUAAGUGUUCAUAUUUUAUAUUUUUCUAAAAAUACAUCGAGUUCUCAGAAUUUUUUCAUUCCAGCUUCUUGAAUUCCAGAGUAAAAUGUUGUAAACCUGGUAGUGGUUUAUCGUUUACUAGAAAUUUUUGCAUAUCUACAGUCGCAGCGAUUUCAUAAUUCAAAGACCUGCCUAUUUUCAUGGUAUAAGGUGAUGAAAAAAUAGCAGAUAUAAGUUUUGGCCUUGGUUCUAGACUCAAUUCCUCAGUACCAUCCAACGGUACUUUAACAUUUAUUCCUUUGUACAAUUUUGUAGCAAGUUCGGUCGAGACUUCGAUCAUUUUUUCUCCAAUUCCUCUUCUUCUGAAUUCUGGUAGAAUUCCAAGUAAGUUCAUUUCCAGUAAACAAUCGACAUUGCACCGCUCGAAUAGAUUGCAUUGCUCUUCUGCGUACAAUAAGAUAUCGCAGAGUAAUUUCGACGCAUCGAACGAUGAAAAACUUUCGUUAAUUGCCGCGUCCUCGUCACUGCCAU